UAAUACACUCUACUAUCUCCAAUAUACCUGCAAUCUAUGGGAACUCAAAACGAAGGGCACGAAGCCACGACAAGAGUACUUGAAGCUCAAACCCAUGGAUGGAACCAUGUCUUAAGUCUCAUAAACUCAUUGUCCCUCAAAUCUGCAAUAGAGUUAAACAUCCCAGACAUCAUUCACAAGCAUGGCAAGCCCAUGCCUCUUUCUCUUCUCGCCUCUUCCCUUCAAAUCCACCCUUCCAAGGCCCCUAACCUCCGUCGCUUGAUGCGCUUCCUCACUCAUACUGGCUUCUUCUCUCUCCAGAAACUCCCAGAAACUUCUGGCCCUUUAGAAGAAGAUGGCUACGUCUUAACUGAUACAUCAACCCUUUUUCUCAAGGAUCAUCCCUUCACUCUCACCCCUUUCUUGCUUUCCAUGCUUGAUCCACUCAUGAUGAAACCAUGGGACCAUUUUCCCACUUGGUUACAGAAUGACGAUCCGACGCCGUUUGAAACGGCAAAUGGAAAGGCGUUCUAUGACUAUGCUUGGCAUGUGCCUAAGCUUUUCAAUUACUUCAGAGAUUACAUGGCUGGUGAUUCACAACUGGUGUCGAAAGUGUUGGUUGAACAGUGUAGGGAUGUGUUUAAGGGAUGUGGCUCGCUGGUUGAUGUGGGGGGUAACACCGGGACCAUGACCAAAGCCUUGGCUGAAGCUUUUCCAGAAAUGGAGUGUACUGUGUUCGAUUCGCCUUACGUUAUUGGCGACAUGAAGGGCUGUGGGAAUCUCAGGUUCGUCAAAGGAGACAUGUUUCAAGCUAUUCCUCCUGCUGAUGUUAUAUUAAUGAAGUGGAUUCUUUGUGACUGGGACGACGAGAGAUGUCUGAAAAUACUGAAGAACUGCAAGGAGGCAGUAACAAGCAAAGGCAAACGAGGAAAACUGGUUAUAAUAAACGAGGUGGUUGAGGAUGAGAAGGGAGAUUAUGAAUCGGUUGAAACACAGUUGCAAUUUGAUCUUCUGUUGAUGGCAGUGCUCCCAGGAAAAGAGAGGAAUGAGAAAGAGUGGGCCCAGUUGAUUUCCUCUGCAGGUUUCAGCACCUAUAAGAUAAUUCCAGUUCUAGGUUUAAGGUCCCUCGUUGAGGUUUAUCCAUAAUUUUCCAGCAGCAAAGAAACUGAACAAGGCUUACAAGUAUUGGGAUUCUGCACUCUGUAAUAACAAUAAUGCUAUUUUGUUUUUAGUCGUCUGUCCUAUUGGUAAUAUUUCGAACAUUUGUAUUCGUGUAAGAGAGAAUAAGGGAAUUGUGUUUCUCUCAAAAACCAGCUUGCUCGUUUCUUUCAAGUUUUAUCAGUAGUUCCGGUCCACCUACGGAAUACUGUGAAUCAAUUUUAAAUUGCAGUUUCUAGAGUUCUGGUGUUAAA